AUGAAGGCCAUGAAGAUCAUGCACAUCCCCGAAGAUUUGGCCACAGACAUUCUUUUAUAUCUUCCCGUGAAGUCUCUGCUACGAUUCAGGUGCGUCCGCAAAUCUUGGUGCGAUCUCAUGGAAAACCCUAAUUUUGUUACAGAACACCAUCACAAGCAAAUCACUCUUAAUUCCAAUGUCCGCUACUUCAUCCGGAGGGAUAACGCUUAUAAAUGUGAACCUGUAAUACGUAUCAUCAAAGAUGAUGGUGAAGAGGACCCUACGAUCACAGAAGCCAUCUGUCCUCCGACUGUGAAUGCUUGUUUUGGUGACCAAGUUUUUGGUCCCUGUAAUGGUUUGUAUUGUGUGUCUGGUGGUGUUAGUAUUACCAGGUCUCCCUACUCGGCCAUCUCUAUCACUUCUGUAAAAGUUCUUUCUUCAAUGAAAUGCACAUUCUGCACUUGUCUUUCUUUUCCUCACUCAUAA